AUGGAGGCGAUGCCCUGCCAGAAUCAGCGGCUCGGCCCGCGGCCGGAGGACGAGCAGCCGGCGGCGGCGACGACAGCGGGCGGCGGCUCCCUGAUCCGCUUCGCGGAGCCCGGCGAGGACAGCGGCUGCCCCAGCCCGGACAGCAGCAGCAGCAGCAACGGGGUCGUGGCGGCGGUGGCGCCGCCGAUCCCGGAGGAGGGCGGCGCGCCGCCGAUCGGGCCGCAGCUGAAGCUGCUGCCCAUGAACGACCAGCUCCGGGAGCUCCAGACGAUCAUCAGGGACAAGAAAUCCAGUAGAGGAGACUUCGUGUUUUCUGCUGAUCGACUGAUCAGACUUGUGGUUGAAGAGGGACUGAAUCAACUGCCGUACACAGAAUGUACCGUGACCACUCCAACAGGACACAAGUAUGAAGGAGUCAGAUUUGAAAAGGGAAACUGCGGAGUCAGCAUAAUGAGAAGCGGAGAGGCAAUGGAACAAGGCUUACGAGACUGCUGUAGAUCAAUCCGCAUAGGAAAAAUCCUGAUACAGAGCGACGAGGAGACUCAACGAGCGAAAGUAUACUACGCUAAGUUUCCACCAGACAUUUACAGGAGAAAAGUUCUUCUUAUGUACCCAAUACUAAGUACUGGUAAUACCGUCAUUGAGGCUGUCAAAGUUCUUGUAGAACACGGCGUACAACCAAGUGUCAUUAUCCUGCUAAGCCUAUUCUCCACACCUCAUGGUGCCAAAUCCAUCAUCCAGGAAUUCCCAGAGAUCACCAUUUUAACUACAGAAGUUCAUCCCGUUGCACCAACUCACUUUGGACAGAAGUAUUUUGGAACAGACUGACGCACUCGGAACAAACAGAUAUGACUAUAUGAUGUUACAAGAGGUUUUUUUCUACGUUUUAUUAUUGUUGAGUUGGUUGAGGGCAUGUUUAAAAAUCUUUUUGGCCAAAGGGGGAAAUACUUGACUUCGAUUAGUUCUGGUCAGUUACUGCCUGAUCGCCGAAUCAGGUACAGCAACAAAGCACUCUGUCCUUACAAAGUCAAGCAUCUCAACGUUGGGGUGGUAGACAUUGCUACGCUAUCUGCUUUAACUUAUUUAUUCUUCCGUAGCCUGUCUUGUGGCUGCUUGCAAGAGCAAAAUAAAACAAGUAAAU